UUGAGUCGCCUGUGCCGCCAGGCUGCUAAACUCGAGCAUGUGCCCCUCCGCCGCCUGAUACCAGGCCAGGGUAGUUGAUUGUCAAGAAACGGCGUUGUUGUCGUGUAUACCACGGGCGGUGUUUCUUUGUUUUAAAUUUAUCCGCAAUAGCCGUAGAUCAAAACGCGUAUGUAAAAGGCUCAGAUCGGUCACCGAACGAGCGUCCAAACUUUUGCCUUGUGCAGUGUUUCUCUUCUUGUGAACUGUUUUUAAACUGCAGUCAAACUGUGGGGUGCCGGGGCAUUUUUUCUUCCUCCUCAGGGCAUGUACUACCCGCACAUGGUCCAGACGGGUAUGACGGCACCGUUUGGGGCGGCGGCUGCCGCUCCAGCGGCUGCGGCGUUUCCGGCCCAGAACGGGGAGGUCAAGGGGGUUGAGGAUAAGUCGGUGCCGCUUUUACCGCCGCCCGCCGGAGCGGCAUCUACCGGAGCGGGUCCCCCGUUCAGUCCGCCCCCGCAAGGGGCAGCAGGACCGGACCAGCCCGCCGGGCUGGUGGGAAGUCCCGUCGCGGCGGCGGCCGCUGCUGCGGUAGCUCUAGCACAGCAGCAGCAGAACCACACGCAGCAGCAAUAUAAAUGCGAUUCUUUGACACAGGAGACUGAACAAAAUGGAACCACAGCACAACCGCCUACCUCAGAGGCAUCGGACAGUACCAAGCAGGUCCCGACAUCACAGGCAGCUACCGAACUCACGAACCAACCGAAAAGGCUGCACGUCUCGAACAUUCCAUUUAGGUUUAGAGAUCCAGAUUUGAGAGCUAUGUUUGGCCAAUUCGGUCCGAUAUUAGACGUCGAAAUUAUAUUUAACGAACGAGGAUCGAAGGGGUUCGGUUUUGUAACAUUCGCAAAUAGUGCUGAUGCGGAGCGGGCACGAGACCGACUACACGGCACCGUGGUUGAGGGAAGAAAAAUAGAGGUUAACAACGCCACCGCAAGGGUACAAACCAAGAAACCUCCAGCUCUUCCGGCAGUACCGGUGAUUCAGUGGCCAGCGGACGCGGCGACCCUUAGGGCGGGCGUGGCAGCCAUUCAAAGGGGCAGAGCGAGGGCGGCUUAUCCCGCGGCGGCGGCGGCCGCAGCGGCAGCCUUCGCGAGACAUCCGACGCCCCUGGCCGGCGCCCUACACGGAUACGCUCCGGUACUCAACACUCUGCCGGUAGAUGGCGGAGUUUAUUACGACCCGUUCUUGGCGGCUCACGCGGCAGCUACGGACCCGAACUAUACCAGAUUGCAGGCUGCCGCAGCAGCAGCGUCGCCUUUACUUAAAACGCCAUUGUCGACUGCUCAACAGGCCAGUUACGCAGCCGCGGCCACGUAUACGGCGGUAGCUGCGCGUUACGGGGCAGCAGCUGCGCAGCCAGUCGCGGGAUACGCAGCCGUAGCGGCGGGAUAUGGCAGGGACUACGCGGAUCCGUAUCUAGGACACGGAAUCGGACCCAUGGCUGGAUAUGGGGCAGCUGUUUAUCGUAGUGGGUACAACCGAUUCGCCCCCUAUUGAACAUAUCGACGGCUCCCUACGGCCUAGUUCCGAUCGUAAAACAAUACUCAAAACAAAAACGAUCUUUGUCUUGUAUGUAGCACAAAGAAGCACAACAAUAUAUUGAAUAUUAACAAAAAAAAAAAACAAAACUAUGACAGGAGCCAAAGAGCUGUAACUCACUAAAGUAAGUCCUUGUGAUAGCCCAUUUAACCCAGCUCUCUUAUUUAGGUCUUAGGUUUAUCUAUUAUACAAAAUCCGCAUAGUCUGUUUCCAUUCACUUAUAAUAUAUGUAUAUGUAGACGCGCGCGCACUUGGCAGACAUCACCUGCGUUUAUAACCUUAUUUUAUUUGACGUUUAUUUUCGGCCACGCCUUUCUUUUGUUUUCCACGUAAGGUUUAUUUUUAUUCAUUUUUCUUUCCAACCAUGACAGUUGUCGCGUUGAAUUCUACACCACGUUUUACAUCACGUUUUGUUUUCCUUUUCUUUAUUUACAGUAAUUUUGUUUUUUUGUCAAUAUAGAACGUAGCCCCACAAGUUGGCAAGUUUAAGUGUGUCGGGGCAGUUUAUCUCAGUACGGAUUAAGUUUAUGAUGUAUAUAUAUUAUAUAUCUAUAUAUUUUGCCUAUUUUUUGCGUGGCAGCCAGUUCUUUGAUGAUUUAAGUAGUAAGCUUUCCCUCGACAGAGAAGGGUGUAUAAUUUUCAUGACUGGUAGUUUUUCGUAAUUUAGUUAUUAGGAGUCUCUAGGUUUAUAAGCAGUGAAUCUAAGUAGUUGUUUUCAAUAUUGAGUUCGUAAAAUUGCUGCUGCAAGGGCUAUUCUAUUGGAUUUGUUUAUUAGAGUCUUCAAUUUUUGGUGUUCGUACAAAGUUCGCAUUUUGUAUAAUAAGGUGCCAAAGUUUUUCAGAUAAAUUGAAUUCUUCAGAAUAGAAUUAACGAUAAUGUAUAUGUAAGUCGGAGGAAGUAUAAUUUCAACACAUUAGUUCAUUAAGCAUUGAAGACAAAAUAAUAUAAGUGCAAUGGAAACGUAAUGGUCAUUUUUCUCAAUCGUUUUAUUUUAGUAUUUUGAUACUCUUGUUUGUGACUAGGCGAAUUGUUAUGCCUGCAUAUUACAUAUCGAGGAUAUUCUCUCUAUUAAUAGCUAUCUAGAAUUGUCUACGUUUAAUAUGUUUUUUUUUUGUUUAAACAUUUAGAGUGUAUUUUCAUUUCGCGAUAAGCUCUCUAUUUUUUAGUUGUGUUAAACCGUUGCGUUUUUUUUUUGUAUACCGUUUCUCCCAGUAAGGGCAGCGAGUUACGACAUUAGAAAAAGACGGUCCUGGAAAAUGAAAAAAAAAAGUUAAGUAAAUCAACCAAUGAUAAGUGCUGGAAAUUAUUUUAGAUGUUCUCAAACGGCCUCCAGGGAGCGUCAUUGUGAGCAUCAAUUUUAAAACUAGGUUUCCGGAAAAUUUUCUAAUUUUAUUAGUUAGUUAAGGCGAGUAAAUGCUCUUUUAAGGUUUUAAGGCAAGGUAAAUGUAUUUUAAUCACGCAAUUUUUUUAUUUUCUUAGAUAGUCGAAUAGGAGCCCAACAAUUCAAUGAAAAUCCCAUCUUAAUAUCUUUAUCCUAAUCAAAAAUAUGAAUAAAAGUUGGAUUUUGUGAAAAUUUUCACUUGUUAAUGUUUACGAUGCUAAAAAAUAUUUAACGCUUGUUUGCCUACUGGUUAAUUUCUUUAAGUUUUUUAAAUGUUUAUUUCAUUAAAAUUAUCAUGCCUUAGGAACAAAGAAUGAUGCAAUUUACAGUUUACUAAUUAUAUAAUUCAAUAAUUAAUAAAUUAAUUGACUAAACCUAAUUAUUAAUGAAAAAAUAAGUGAUAAUAUUAAAUUAAUUGAAAACGGGGGCGAGGAUAUCAAAACGUAGUAACGUCGGUUACUGGCUAAUUU